AUGGAUCCAAACUCCAGCUUGCUGUCUCCUCCAUCCCGGGCCUGCUCUCACCCAGCAGAACCCUGUACGGAAGGUGGGAGAAGCCCAUCCCUCCGUGAGCAGGGCAGAAACUCCUCCUUUCCCUGGAGCCGGGUCCCCAACUCCAGCCUCGCUGACCCUGACUGGUUUUGGGAUGAGCACAUCCAGGCAAAGAGGGCCAGAGUGGAGACCAUUGUCCAAGGCAUGUGCCUCUCCCCUAACCCUCUGAUGCCAGGCAAUGCCCGAGCCCGGGGCAGCCUGUGCUGCCCAGAGAAGUCCCGGGAAAGGAAGAGGAAACAGAGCCUUCCCAUGCAGCAAAACCCCCCAAAGCCAGGCCCUGCUGGGAGCCAUGGCAGCAGGAAGGGGGGCCCUCGUGUGAGAGAACAGCUUCAUCUGCUGAAGCAACAGCUAAGACAUCUGCAAGAACACAUCCUGCAGGCUGCUGGGCCCAGGGACACAGCUCAGGGCCCAGGAGACCCUGAGAAGGGGAGGGGCCCUCAGGGUGUGAAGCAGAGGAAUGGCUAUGGGUCCAGACUGUGGACUGUAGAUAGUGACCACCACCAGGGGCCCAGCAGGGACCUCUCUGGGGUGGAAAAACACAGAGUGUCUGAGGUCGUAUACCAGCCUGAGGAACCCAGGUUCCUUCCUUCUGGAACACGGGCUUUGCUGGAGAUUCUGAGGAAAGAGUUGACUGGGGCAGUGUCCCAGGCUGUGGACUCAGUAUUACAAAAGGUACUACUAGAUCCACAAGGCCACUUGACUCAGUUGGGCAGAACUUUCCAGGAGCUGGUGCCAGAGGGUAGAAGCGAGACUUCCCCUGAGGGAGGGGCCUGUAGAGAUCCACCUCCUCUGGCUGCCUUACCCAGGAGGGCUCAGGCACAGGCUGGGGUCCCACGGGGAACCUUAUCACUGGCCAAGCCUCUAGAUCCUCCUAGGUACCCUGUCUCUCCAAGAAUGAUCCCCAAGCCCUAUCAAGGUACCCCAGCAAACUGUGCCUUCACUGUGUCUUCCCACAUGCAAGAAAAUCAGAUUCUUAGUCAGCUACUGGGUCAGGCGCCCAAUGGUCACUGGAGCAGCAGUCUUCUCCAGGACUCAUCUUCGCAAAGUCACUCCUCGUCAGAGCCUGCCCUGCGACCCUGGGGAGCUGUCAAACUGCGACCAUCAGUUUUGAACCAGCAGGAGCAUGCUUCGCCCUUCUCUUCCACCCUUUUGGAAAGACUGUCCCUUCUUCCCUCGGUGAAGAUGGAGCAGGGUGACCUGCAGGCUGUCACUGAUGCACUUCCUUUUUCUUCAGUCCACAUCCAGGAGGGUCUAAAUCCUGGUCACUUGAAGAAGGCCAAAUUAAUGUUUUUCUUCACACGCUACCCCAGCUCCCACCUCCUGAAGGCUUAUUUCCCUGAUGUACAGUUCAACCGCUGCAUUACCUCCCAGAUGAUCAAGUGGUUCAGCAACUUUCGCGAGUUCUAUUACAUUCAAAUGGAGAAAUUUGCCCGGCAAGCGAUUUCCGAUGGAGUCACAAAUCCCAAAAUGCUGGUGGUUCUCCGUAACUCUGAACUUUUUCGAGCUCUCAAUAUGCAUUAUAACAAGGGAAAUGACUUUGAGGUUCCAGACUGCUUCUUGGAAAUCGCCAGCUUGACAUUACAGGAGUUCUUCAGGGCUGUCUCCGCAGGGAAAGACUCAGAUCCUUCCUGGAAGAAACCCAUUUAUAAAAUUAUUUCGAAACUGGACAGUGACAUCCCAGAGAUAUUCAAAUCUUCCAGCUAUACCCAGGAGCAGUUUCAGAAUUAA